AUGGAUGACAGCGCUGGUCCUCGCAAGAGAAGGAAGCUGUCCUCGCCAAAGGCGGCGCCAUACGUCCUCCGUCAACUUCUCGAUAACGUACCGUUGGACAGCGAGGGUGGUGGCUCAGACGUUCACAUCACUUGUGUAGAAUACUGGAACGAGAAUCUGUACAUAGGCACAUCGGCGGCAGAGAUUCUACAUUUCGUCGCCCUUCCUCCCGAUCCUUCCGACGACACGAACGAGUCGACCUUUAUUUUAGCGUCCAGAUUGCCGAUUACACAUCAUUCCUCGACAAGCAAUCAUCAUGGCGUUCAGCAGAUUGUGUUGCUUCCGACUGCGAGCAAAGCAUGUAUCCUGUGCAAUGGCGUCGUCACCUUUUACACCCUGCCUGAGCUGAGCCCUGCUUUUGGAAAUACGAAGGUCGGAAAUUGUCGGUGGAUUGGUGGCCUCGAUCUAAAUCGGGAUGUGAACGAACCGUCGGCCGAAGACCCGGUUAUCAUGAUCGCCGUCCACAACAGGAUCAUGUUGGUGCGCAUCGGAGAAGAGGCACGACGAAUCAGGAAUAUCGAGUUUCCGGGGUGUUUAAUUGCGUCGCGGCGAGACACAAUUGCAUGCGUUGCGGAUGAGCACUCAUAUUCGCUCCUUGAUGUCGAACAUCAGCAGAAGAUACCCCUCUUUCCUAUAUCCUCGUCGAAUGAGGUCUUUGAGCCGGGCCAUGUGGAGGAUAUUCCCUCUCAAUCAGGGUCCUCUCUCAAAAGAUCCUCCUCCGCAUCAUACGGGAAUCCAGAUGCAACCAAGCUAGGCGCGAUGGAUCGAUCUAGUUCCCGUACGCCAGACCCUUUUACAGCGACAGGGUCGCCAAGGCGAUCAACGUCGCAGGAACGACGUGAUGCAAGCAAGUCGAAGGAAUUGCCGGCCCCUCCACCUGAAGCUGAAGCGAACAAGCAAAAACCAUUGCCUCCAGCGCCUAAACAAACCUUGACACGGCUCAAACCCCAUAUAGUGUCUCCGACCCCGUCUGAAUUUUUGUUGGUUACCGGAACAGAAGAGACCGAGCCUGGAGUAGGUAUGUUCGUCAACAUGGACGGCGAUGUAGUCCGUGGGACAAUAGAAUUUCAGAGAUACCCGGACGCCGUUGUCAUUGAUGGGGCGGACGAGGUCGAUCAGACUCGACCAAAUAGCAACCAACAAGAAGGCUAUGUUCUCGCUAUCGUCAAUGCAGAUGAUGAGAACGGCAAUCCUCGAAAAUGUCUGGAAAUACAGCGUUGGGACGUUGAUUCUGGGGAAGCCGAGCGUCAAAAGCAUUGGGUGGAAAUACCGGCGUCGAAAGACACGCGAACAAACCAUGUCGGGAUUCGUCACACUACUGGUCCGAGCCAGCUCAACUUUUACGAACUGGGAGAGCUGCUGCGAAUGGUCCGGCUAAGAAUACCCAAGAUGGGUCCUCCUACUCCGCUAGAGGAUCCGACCAAAGCAAGCAUUGAACGACUGCGGAAAGAGAAAGAAUUAUUUGAGUCGCAGGACCUGAUUGACAGAAACAGGGAAGAAGCUACCUUUGCUCAUGGGCUGGGAAACAUCCGCAGCAGCCUAAUUGUGUGGUCGGGAAAUCGGAUUUGGCGCGUGCUGAAAAAUCCACUGCCAUUACAACUCGAUGAUGCCCUGCAGAGGGCUCAAACGUGGGAGGGUGCCCGUUAUAAAUCCGUUGACAGGGAGUUUAUUGUAAGCCUAACGCAAUCCAUCAAGGAUACUGAGCCGAGAACCGAAGCGGAGUUUCUUGGGUUGGAAUACAUUAGGCAGAAAGCAGGUCUGCUGCUUUUCGCGGAUCUGCUCUCCAUGAACCCUGAAGAUCAGACAGAGGCUGCGAUUCUAUCGACAGAAGAGGUGUUGAUGGAAAGCAAUCUCGAUCCUCGCCUGAUUCUCUUGCUUAUUCCUUUUCUGAGGGACGAGGCUCUCCAAGGGCCGCAAGGGAUCUGGGUUCAUGGGGGCCUUGCCCAGGUAGCGGAGUUCUACCUGGAGCAAUUCGCAGAAUCCAAGAGGGUACCGCAAGUUCCUGAUGACGCUGUUCUGAAUAUGGUGAAGCGUUACCUGUUUGCGUGGCAGCGGAAGAGAGGAUAUGGCAGCAUAACGGACGAAACAUUCGUCUUUGACAGCGUUGAUGCUGGUCUCCUGCAUCUGCUGCUGGAGCAGGACGCAAAAGGGUUCCGCGAAUCGCGUCCGUCGCCAACGGUUCGCGCAGAGCUGAAUCGGCUGGCCGACAGCUGGAAGGGCAACUUUGAUCGGGCGGUGACGCUUCUUGAGCAGUACAACCGACUCUUUGUGCUGAGUCGCUUGUACCAGAGCCGAAAGACAGCAGGGAAAGUACUGCAGACGUGGCGACGAAUCGUGGAGGGGGAGAAAGAUGAUGACCCUGAAAUCACGGUUUCCGGUGUGGAGAUGCAAAUGCGCAAGUAUCUCGUCAAAAUUCGGGAUGCGCAGCUGGUCGAGGAGUAUGGAUCGUGGUUAGCGGCACGGAAUCCAAAUCUGGGCAUCCAGGUUUUCUCGGACGACAGUAGUCGAGUCAAACUGGAGGCUCAGGAGGUCGUGCGCUUGCUCAAGAAGCGUGCGCCAAAUGCUGUCCAGGACUACCUCGAACACCUGGUGUUUUCUAAAAACUAUAGCCAAUAUGCUGACGAUCUAAUCGCAUACUACCUCGACACCGUCUUGUCCGUCCUUCAAUCGUCCCCAGCUGCUCGGGAAUCACUUCAAGAAUCGUAUUCGACAUACCGCGCUCUGCGCCCGCCCAAGCCGACAUAUCUUAAUUUUAUCAGGGAGAACGCCCCCCCGGAGCCGUGGUGGCAGUCUCGCCUGCGGCUGCUCCAACUGCUUGGAGGGGGUCCCUGCACACAGUUCACAUCCUCUCCUGUGCCCGGGAACUUGUCCUACUCUGUUUCAACUGUCCUGUCGCGCAUUGAGCCCUUUCAGAACGAAUUAGUUUCCGAAAGCAUCAUCCUCGACGGCCGGCAGGGGCGACAUCGGGAAGCAUUGCGUCUGCUGACACAUGGUCUCGGAGACUACGACUCCGCCAUCCGAUACUGCCUCUUCGGCGGGCCGUCCAGCACGCAGACAGCUGCAGCCUCGCUGCCGUCGACCAUUGACACGGCCCGAGACUCUGAGCGGAGGGAGCUGUUCAAACACCUGCUCACUGAGUUCCUACAGAUCGAGGACUUUUCAGAGCGCAUCGAGCGAACGAGCGACCUGCUAGCGCGGUUCGCUCCGUGGUUCGACGUGCACGAAGUUCUCGCCCUGGUGCCGGACGACUGGAGCGUCGAGAUCCUGAGCGGCUUCCUCGUGCACGUCUUCCGGGACCUGGUCUCGCAGGCCCGCGAGGCGCGGAUCCAGCGGGCUCUGAGCGCGAGCCUCAACCUGCGGGUGGAGGUGGAGUACCUCGACAGCGUGGAGAAGAAGGGCGGGUGGAUCGAAGAUGGGGAGGGAUUGCGAGGACUCAAGUUGGCGGCGGCGGCGGCAGCAGCGCCUGCGGUGAGCAGCAGCAGGAGUGCGGACGGAAAUAAUAAUAAUGGCAACGAUAGUGACUUUGGCGAGAUGGUGAACGCUAGAGAUUAG